UAGUCUUGAAGAAAACCUGGCCAACUAGCCUGCGAUUCAUCUUCCCAUUUCCAGUCUUGCCGGAAAAAAAUACUGAGGAAUCAGAAGGCAUCUAUCUAUACAUGGAAACCAACCAAAGAUGCAACAAGAGAUCAUACCACCAGACCCUCAAUCAUCAGGCCAAGAAGUCUCCACAUUUCUUCAAAGUUGUGUUUUCUCCUGUGGACCAAGGCAUAAAAAUUCCAACUGCAUUUAUGAGAAAAUAUGGAGAUAGUUUGGAGAAGGUUGUGUGGUUGAAGGUUCCUAAUGGAGCUUCAUGGCCAGUAGACUUGCUUCAGACUGAUGCCGGGACUUGGCUGGAUAAAGGGUGGAAGGAUUUUGCAGAGUAUUAUUCCAUUGAGCAAUGCUAUUUCGUGGUGUUCAGAUACGAUGAGAAAUCCCUCUUCAAUGUUAUAAUAUUCGAUCUAACUGCUUCAGAAAUUGAGUAUCCUUUAGAAGCCACUCAGGACAGCGGAGUUAUACAUGGUAAUGAGGGCCGGCUGCCAAGGAGGAGGAGACCAAGCCCAAUGCGGAAUUCUGAUGAAAUGCAAAAAGCAUCUGAUGAUGAUUCCAUUGAAAUCUUGGAGGAGAUUCCAGCUGCAGCAUGCCAUGCCAAACAGGGGGGAAAGUCAGCUCGGAUUGGCGAAGAAAAAGCUUCUGCUUGCAUAAAGAAGGACAAUGUUGAAAAGUUGGAUGCAAAUGUCAAUCCAUCUCAGAGAGCCACUACAAAAGAAAGCUUUAAAACAACGCUCAGUACUCAGUCUUCCAAUCCCAAAAUUAAAACUGUGCUCGACAAAGACAAGUUUUCGUCAUACCAAAGAGCAGAGGCUUUCACAUCUGAGAAUCCCUUCUUCAUUCGUUUCAUGCAACCAUCCUAUGUUACUAGCAGAUGCGCUUUGAGCCUUCGACUGAGCUUUGCCUUGAAGCAUCUGACCAAAGACAAACACUGCAAUUUGGACCUUCGUGUCUCAGAGGGGAUAAAAACAUGGCCUGUCAUGUGUUUUAUUUAUGCAAACAAUGCAAAAAUUACACAAGGUUGGGAGAAGUUUGUGCUGGAUAACAACCUAGUGGUUGGAGAUGUUUGUGUAUUCGAACUGAUCAGGGGCUCUCGAACUUUCAUCAUCACUAUAUACAGAAGAAAUUGAAAAGCAUGCAUCUAAGUUGUCUGGUUCUACUCGUGUAAAUGGCAAUGUUUUGUGGCUGGAUUUGUUUUGAGUACUACUAGUAUCUUUAGGACUAUAACUACCUGCAGGAAUUAUUUUUUAGUGCCAAAAUUAGUAGUACUAGAUCCAGCAGUGGCCAUGUUAUAUUGCUUUAGUUUUUGAUUGGUUGAUGCCAUAGCAGAAAGCAAAUUUCUUGUUGAAUGUUUGUAAUCAAGUGACAGUCUGACAUAUGCUUUUGUAUCAACAUUUUCCAGAUGCAAAAAAUG